UUUACAUUAUGGUGUCAAACGAACCAGUCGAUCGAUCUGAAACCGUUGAUUUCCUUGACUGACCAAAUAGAUAGUCUUGACGGAAAUAUGUCGUAACUGCUGCAGCUUCCCACUUUGUUGUUGUUAGGUUGUUGUUUCGGCUUAAAUAAAAACAGAAAUGAGCGUUGGAAUCGCUAAUAAUAAUAAUACAGAGCUCGCGCUUCUCCAUCAACUACUUCAAGAUGUUGAGCUGUCUCAGUUUUCUAAAAGAAUCAUUGAAGAUUUACAGAUUUCCAGGGUAUCCCAUUUUGAUUAUGUUACAACAGAUGACCUCAUGAGUAUUGGCAUGGGAAAGCCAGCUGCACGCAGGCUUCUGGAUACAGUAAAAAAACGAAAAGGCACACUGAAGAAAAAACUAAUACAAACCUUUAUAAACCAAAGUGCUAACAAAGAUGCAAAGAAUUUAGAAAAAUUAACAGGAACUCAGCAACAACAAAAUUCUAGUAGCCUAACAUGUUUGAUAAAAGAAAGUGAACUGAAAAUUGGGACACAACUUGGUGAUGGAUCAUUUGGGAUUGUGCACAAAGGAGAAUGGAAUCGAUCUGAUGGUGUGACAAUACCUGUUGCAGUUAAAGUACUUAAAGAAGACUUAGUUCAGCAUCAAGCUGUUUAUGAUGAUUUUGUAAGAGAAGUAGAAGCCAUGCAUUCCUUGCAGCACCCAUGCCUCAUACGGUUACAUGGGGUUGUAUUAUCACACCCCUUGAUGAUGGUUACAGAGCUUGCCCCAUUAGGCAGUUUACUGGACUAUCUACACAAAGAGUGCUCUCAUACAUCUAUUUGCUCUCUUUGGCAAUUUGCAUCUGAGAUUGCUUCCGGAAUGGCUUUCCUUGAAUCUCGUAGGCUGCUUCAUCGAGAUUUAGCCUGUCGUAAUAUUUUCCUUACCUCUAAAACCCAGGCCAAAAUUGGAGACUUUGGUCUUCUUCGUCCUUUACCUCCUGGUUCGGAUUGUUACGUCAUGACUGAACAAAGGCGAGUGCCGUUUCCCUGGUGUGCUCCUGAAUCCUUAAAGUUAAGACAAUUUAGUCUUGCUACUGAUGUCUGGAUGUUUGGGAUUACGUUGUGGGAAAUGUACACAUUUGGCGAAGAACCAUGGGCUGGUUUAAGUGGACACGAAAUUCUCAAUAAAAUCGAUAAAAAAGGCGAAAGAUUGAUUGAUCCUCCUGCGGCCCCUGAAGUCAUUUGCAAUUUGAUGCAUCGUUGCUGGGCGGCCAAUCCCGCAGAUCGCCCACGUUUCAGUGAAAUCGUAAUCGAAUUGACUUCACAAUCUCCAGUAACAGUGCGCUGCCGAGGUGAGGACCGACAAGAACCUCAAUGGGAUGUACCUGUUGGCGCAUCAAAGCUAGAAGUUGUUGAUGGAGACAUCAUUGCUGUCAUUGACGGACGACCGGAUUUCUUUUGGUGGACUGGACAAAAUCAGCGUACGUCUGAAAUUGGCAUUUUUCCACGGUGCUGGACUGAGCCUUUGCGGAGGCGUAACGGCGAUGACAUAAGUGUACCCCUUAGACAUUCCUUCAUUCAUACUGGUCACGGAAGUUCUGUUGGGCCGUCUUGGGGAAGUCCCGCAGCGAUUGAUGAAGUCUACUUAAGAAAUCCAAUGGAGCCAGUGGAUAUACUCAAAAUGAAAGAUCCCACGUCUAUAGAAUCUCCGCGUCGAGUAAUUGGAGCAGCUGUAAAAACGAAAACGCAAUUCAAUUACUUUCGCUUGAACGAUGACGUGAUGGAACCUCAAGGUGGUUCUGCAAGUCCAGUUUCGAUGCCAAACACAAACCAGCCAAUCUCUUCCAGUUCUCGGGAAGAGUCGUUGUUGAUUGAUCUCUCCCCAGACACUCCCGUUUCGACCUCAGCUGCCCCAACGCCCUUGCCUUUCUACCAGCAGCUGAUCGAGCCUUUAGUGGCCCUUCCUGAUCAAAAUCGGCUCUACGCUAAUUAUCCAUCACCCUUACCAGCAGCACCUGAUACACCAAUUACCACCACAAGCCUGGUGACAUCUGCAGCUGAAUCGGUUUAUAGCCCGCAUUAUUAUUCCGAGGUGCCCCUCGAGCCUACUACCCCGACGUUUACUCCGCCGUCGAGUCAAAACACAUCACCUGCACGACCUGUCGUUACGGAGGAGUUGAAGAAAAAGCGAGACGAAGCUUUUGACUGGUUGGGUCAAGCACUAGGGGAAAUGACGCUGAGCCAAUCAAAUGGAAGCAAUCCGCGAAAUUAUCAGUGCAUCUCAACGGUUUCCGGGCAGCAACCAUCUAAAGCCAAAGCUGAGCACGUCUACGGUUUCGAAGAUGAUUUUUCCGUUGCCAUGGGAUCAUCCGUCCAAACAGCGACGGUAGCGAGCACGUCAUCUGCCAACGGUUACCAUCGCAUUCAGCAGUUGCAGCGCCAGAACCAGGAUCAGACUCAGGAGGCAGCUCGACAGCCCAUUUAUCCCAAGCCUGGCAUUUGGACAGAUGAAUCGUCGUCGCUGUUGUAUCCUCCUUCGUGUCCCUCAUCACAGCAGAUUUAUGCGCUUCCAGGGCCGAGUAGGAUGUCUGCCGUCCAGACUGCCCAUGUGCGUCCCUUCAUGGUGGCCAUCAACCCGUCCGUGCCACAUGUCGACGAUGGUGGACGUACCUCUUCCCUUUUGAAUCAAGUGGAGCUUUCUACGCCUUGGGCCAGCGAAGCGGAAAUUAAGCAGGCUUUGGUCAUCCAUAAUGGAAACGUAUUUGAAGCCGUUCGCUUUCUCCAGGUCGAAAAACUCUACCGACUGGGAUUGUGCUCCAAGGCCGUGUGUGUCAAGGCGCUCGAGGCCACUAGCUGGGAUUUGGAAAAGGCAGCUUCUAGCCUGUUGGAUGCCGUUUAGAAGAGAAACACAUUUUUUUCUUCUUCUUCUUUAUAUGUUUGUUGGUUUUCCAUUGAAAUGUGCCACUCGUCUGUUCCAAAGCGAGUUCAACCUUUGCCUGCCGCAAUUUUUCUUUUUGUAUACAAGAAUCUCGGGUU